AACAAGCUCUUGCUUCGCCACCAACGUUAGUCCAUUAUGACUCUAACAAGCCACUCAUACUUCAGUGCGACGCGUCCCCUUGGGGGGUCGGGGCUCUCCUGUGCCACCGCAUGGAGGAUGGUUCUUUACGUCCCAUAGCACAUGCAUCGCGCACCUUACAGACGGCGGAGAAGAACUACUCACAACUGGACAGGGAAGCGCUAGCCGUUAUCUUCGGAGUUAAGAGGUUUCACCAGUAUUUAUGGGGAAACGUUUUCGAGCUUCAUACAGACCACAAACCAUUGAUAUCCUUGUUUGGGGAAACCAAAGGUAUACAACAAAUGGCAUCACUGAGGAUGCAAAGAUGGGCUAUAACCUUGAGUGCUUACAGUUACAAGAUUGUUUAUAUUACCGGCGUCAGCAACUGCACAGCUGAUGCACUCAGCCGUCUGCCGAUCACGGAAACUGCACAUGAACACGACCCUCCGUUUGAACUGGUUAAUCUAAUGCAACAUCUAGACACAACACCGAUACGGAGUUCAACAAUCCGUCAAUGGACGGAUCGAGACCUCGUGCUAUCAAUGGUGAAACGCUUUUUGAACAUGGGUUGGCCUCCUGAAGGGACAGUUGAAUUACAACCGUUUAUGAUUCGGAAGAACGAACUGAGUCUAUUCGACGGCUGUGUUUUUUGGGGCUCUCGUCUAGUCCCUCCCACCAAGGCGCGUUCACAGAUACUUAAAGAGCUCCAUGAUGCUCAUCCAGGUGUGGCGAGGAUGAAAGCACUAGCGAGAGGGUACUGCUGGUGGCCCAACAUCGACUCAGACAUAGAAAACUUACUGAAGAAUUGCGAUAUUUGUCAGGCGUAUCAGCGGAGCAAGGCGCCAGGUCCAAUACACCCUUGGCGUUGGCCCGACAAGCCCUGGCAGCGUAUCCACGCCGACUACUUCGGACCGAUCGACGGGACCAUGUUUCUUCUACUUAUUGAUGCACAUUCUAAGUGGAUUGACGUACAUCCAGUUACUCAGGCGACAGCCGAAUCCACCAUCACUAAAAUGCGCUCGUCCUUCGCUACGUUUGGCAUUCCGGAAACCAUUUGUACAGACAAUGGUUCGCCUUUUACCAGUGCCGAAUUUGGUAAAUUUGUCGCCAACAACGGAAUCCAACACGUUAAAUCAGCCCCGUAUCACCCAGCAUCAAACGGAUUAGCGGAGCGUGCAGUACAAACUGUGAAACAAGGCUUACUAAAGCAGCGAACGGGAACAUUGCGAACAAAACUGGAUCGGUUCCUAUUCUCCUACCGUUCUACACCCACUGAGGCUACCGGGAAAUCCCCGGCGGAAUUGAUGUUCGGCAGAAAUCUGAGAACGAGGCUUCAUUUGUUGUUCCCGAACCCGCGUGUUGAAGUACAGGAGCGUCAGAAAAAGUUUGUGUCUUCAGAGGAAUCAAAGCCGGAAGUUACAUUUCAGGACCAUCAACCUGUUUACACCAGGUUACCGCAUGAACAAUGUUGGCAGCCGGCGACUGUGCUCGAUUCUUCAGGAAGUCAAAACGAUUUGCAGCUUCCGGACGGCCGGGUUGUUCGCCGGCACUCAGAUCAUGUACGCCCCAGGAGCACUGACACACCUGCCGUGAGUCAGUCACACUCGGAGAUCGCAGAGCAAGCUGCAGAGCACGACGAACACAGAACAACAGGGGAAACUCAAUUACGCCGAUCGACCCGGAUUCGCAAACCGAUCGAACGUUUUCAGCCAUGA